UCGUGUGGUGCUCAUUGCGCACAGCGGCUACUUUCGCAGCAUGUUUUCAACUGAUUGGAAAGAAUCUUCCCAAGUGGAGAUCCCGUUGCAGAAUAUCUCCUUUAACGUACUGAGCAAGUUGGUGACAUACGCGUACACUUUACAAAUCUGCCUGGAUGACGACAGUGUUGAGUCAGUUCUCGUUGCGGCGCUCUUCUUGGACUUGUCUCCCGUCCUAAACUGUGCUGGGAUUUCCUGGAAUCUCGCCUGGAUGUGUUUAGUUGUCUGCAGGUGUACUGUCUGGCGCAGACGCACAACAAUCCGCAUCUGGCCGACAAGGCCAAAGCCUUGGCAUGUCAGAACUUUGUCCGAAUUGCAAGCAGCAUCGAGUUCCUGCAGCUGGACGGACAACAGGUCAUUGAGCUGACAGCAUCAGAUGACUUGAGCGUUGAACACGAGGAUGAAGUGUUUGAGGCUGUGAAGCGCUGGUCCGAUUAUGAGCAGGACGGUCGGAAGGCGCAGUUAUCCGACGUUUUGCAGCAUAUCCGUGUGCCAUUUCUGUCUCCCACACGUCUUGAAAAUUAUAUUUUGGCUGUUUUUACUGGGCUUAUCCACUCUGGCGCUGUUAAUUUCUCACUUCAGUCGCCGAGUCUUGAGGUCCAACUAACCGGUCGCAAUCCCCAAUCAAUAAUUUCCCGAUGUCGACCACGAGAAUCUUACAGUUUGCCCAAGGUUAUUGUUUGUGUUGCGGGCGAUGCGACCGAUGCCGGUGUGGCCUCAGUGGAGGUCUUCAGUCCAUCCAUGCCGGCUGUCUGGCGCAUCAAUAAACCAACGCUUCCGCAGCGCGUUACUGCAUAUGGUUUAACGGUUUUGGAGGAUUCAGUGGUCGUAUGUACCGCUAAGAGUUGGUACCAAGCUCGCCGGCUUGACCUCUUUCGUGGUGGAUGCACGAACCUGGCGCCUAUGCUGUCCUACCGCGCCUAUGGUGGUGUGGCUACUCUUAAUGGUUGUGUCUACGCUGUUGGUGGCUGUAACGAUGAUGCCGAAUUGAUGGCCACCGUAGAAUUUUACGACCCACAGAAAAAUGUCUGGCACUCUGUAGCUGGACUGCCACUUCCGCUAGCAAAUUUUGCCAUGGUGGCCACGAAUGACCGGCUGUACGUUUUCGGUGGAACGACAAAAUCAGGAGAAAAUCUUAUAGCGCUUAACUCCGUCUUCUACUACGAUCCAGCUGUGGAUGCGUGGAAUAAGCUGGCCGACAUGCCCACUGCACGCCGAUGGUGCAGUGCCUGUGUGGGUUUGAAUGGCGUUAUUUACGUUAUCGGUGGAUACUCGGACGGUGACAAUGGGCGUUGCGUCGAGGCUUACGAGACCAGUAACGAUCGGUGGUUGAAGAAAAGCGAUAUGAUUAGCAAUCGCUGUGGAGCCGGAUGUGCGUAUGUGGAUGGCAAGAUCUAUGUUCUUGGCGGCUUCGCCGAUGAUCUUCGUUGUGAUAUCGAGUUCUACGACGAAAGUCUCGAUAUUUGGCGCCCGCAUCCCUGCCGGCUCUCCGAACCGAACCGCAGUCUUGCCUGUACGGUGAUGACGAUGAAAAAGGGCGCCAACUGGACUGGUCAGAUGGAUCUCACUCUGGUGGACCAAGAGGGACAGAAAUGAACGGUAUACGAUAUUGGCUAAUGAUUGCGCUUAAUCGUAAACCAGUAGAUUUUCGUUUUAUAAUAUUUUCACAUUGCGUUGUCUUCAGUGGAUGGCUCGGGUUGUCACUAGCGUAAACCAUGUGGUGAGAAAACUUAAAGAGCGUUUCCAAGGAGUUUUACUUCGAGUUUUUAUCUAGACUACGUUCUGCGCUUUUUCCUGG